UUCUCUUUAAAUUAUUAAGUUUACCGUCAGUUUUACCGUUUUUGAUUUUUAUACAAUUUUUUUAUUUUUUGGCUUCUUCAACACGCUUAGUGGAUGAGAGGGGCUGACGUAAGUGUCAGUUGAAAUGUGAUAGGCGUCUUUUCAGUGUGGGCGCGUGGGCACGUUUCAGUUUUUGAAUUUUUUUAAAAUUUUCACCCAAAAGGUGGGUUGUAAACCCAAACCGCCUAUAUGCCUAUCAAUAUAAGUGUUAUUUCCAUUUUUUCCCAACUUCAUUUCUUUUCUCUAAACGUUUAGUAAUGGUGAAAACACGUUCGUCUACAUCUCCAUCCGCGUCCUCCAAGGCUAUGAAUCCGAAGAACAAAUCGAAAGAAACCAUGUCCGAGGGUAGUGAUAGUGGAGAGUCUGAGCUUUCUUCGAAGAGGAAGAGGAACAAUGUCGGGUCUAAGAAGGGGAAACAUGCAGAUCGUCCGUUGAAAAAGAUGAAGCAAGUGAUUGAAGAAGAGGAUGUUGAAUAUGAUAGUGACGAUUUGGAGAUUGGAGUUCCAGAUAGUAUUAAGGAGUGGGAGCAAUAUUUUAAACCUGAGAGUCGUGUUAAGGGUAAGAUGAUUUUCUUCCCUAAUACAUUGGAGAACAAAGUGAUUGCAAAUAUCAAUGCUAAGUUGAGCCCUGAACAAAUUAGGCUUUUUCGUAAAUCAUGUUUUGGUCAUUUGUUAGACAUGAAACCAAUUUUAUAUCAACCUCAGUUAAUACAUAAUGCUCUGCUUAGGGAGGUACAUCAAAAAAAUGAGAAGGAGAUGUGGUUUAAGUUUGGGUGUGAAAAUUUUAGGUUUAGUUUGGCUGAGUUUGCGGUCAUAACUGGUUUACUGUGUAAUGGUGAUAAUGAUAUGAAAAAGUAUGCAAAAAGGGAGAAUGCAUUUGUUGAUAAGUAUUUUUUCGAGCAGCAAGUCACUCAUGGUGCGGUUGAACAAAGAUUUAUGUUUAGUGAGUUCAAGAGUGAUGAGUAUGCUGUUAAAAUGGCAAUUUUGUACCUUCUUACCAAUGGGUUGAUUUGUAGUCCUGCUGUAAAAAAAGUUUCUGAUGAGUUGAUGAAUAUUGUGGGGCUUGGUGAAUAUGAUAGUUUCCCUUGGGGGAAAAUUGUUUUUGAUCUUACAUUGCACAAUUUGAUGAUUGCUUUGAGGGGCAGAAAAAGAACAGAUUUGUCUGAUGAUUCAUGUGCUAAGGGAAAAGCUAAGGUGAAACGCAAACAGACGAAAGAAAAUAGUAAAACAUACAAGUUACCUGGUUUCCCUUAUGCAUUUAUGGUCUGGUUGUAUGAAACUAUUCCGUUAUGUCUUAAGGCAUCUAUAUGCCAAUAUGAUGCUUCGCAAGAGUAUAGGAUUUGUAGGUGGUCAAGUACUGGAAAUCCUAACUCUGGGGAGCUGGAUAGGAAAAUUUUCAUGUCAUCAAAGCUGAAAGCUCAAGCUAUUCUCCCCACUGAUGUUGAAAGGAAGAUGAUGAAACUUGAAGGUUUUGAUUUCCCCUUGUUGGAAACUUCUGAAGAUGAUUUUGAUGAUGAGCCAUUACAAAGGAAGCAUUAUGAGAAAGGUGACCCAUCUGGUAUACAGAGAAGUUAUGGUGUGGGGAAAUCUGAUCUAGCAGAGUUAAAGAACAAUGUGAAGAUGCUUGUUGGUAAUCAAACAAAAAUUGAUGAGUCUUUGAGUUUGUUGAGUACUGAGAUGAAGUGUAGUGUUAAGGAAUGUGAGUUGAAUAUGAAGUCUUAUAUCGAUGCAAAAAUUGAUGGAAGUUUGAAGUUUUAUUUGGACAUGAAGUUCAAUGAGUUGAGAAAUUGCUUUUUAAGUGGAAAUGAUGGUGGAAAUGUUGUAGUGAGCGAUGAGGAUACUUUUAAUAUGGUAUGUGUUUAA